CGUCACUGCAGGCGCCCAGGCACACGCUUGCAAUGCUAAGAAGUAUCGUCGCCAUGUUGUCAAUGUCGUCGCCGCCGGUAGACUGCGACGUUCGUUCAUGCAAACGCGUUUUGUAGAGACGCGCACAGUUGUUGCUACUUCCUGCACUGUACUUUCAUCCUCUGCGUCAAAAUCUUCACCAGUAAUUGUAAUGACACAGCGACCGACAUCGUGACAAAACAACUUCCCACGAUGGCCACCCACGCUCAGGAAGAGCCCACGGUCUCGCCUACCGGGAUGGUAAUCGACGAGCCCACAUUCCCAGACAUCGCAGGCGUUUCAGCAUCACAGAAGGCGGGCACAAUAAUAAACUUUCCAACACCAACAGAUCCCACACCCGCACACAUCUCUCAAUAUAACCUUCCGGAGCCUGAGACCCCAGAACAGCCUUCUAAGGCCGAGACACAACAAGCUUCGGCCCCACGACGACUACAGGAACGAUCGGCGACAGAGCGACCGAAGCCGUCGACUAAGAACUCAAUCCUCAGACACACGCCUACCUCUCGAAAACAACGACCAGCGCCAGUCCAACGACAGACAACCGUCACGUUCGAUCAUAGUUCUUCGGACUCGGACUCCUCCGAAGAUGAACAGUUGCCUGCGAAGAGCACCAGCCGCGACGAGGCAGUGCAGCGCGAAGAGUCUCGAACCCUCUCGCAAAGCAAACGACGAUCCUCGACCAUGAACCCCUUCGCACGUUUCAAAGUCUCUAAUGAGCACUUCCAGACUAGAGGGUCUGUCAAGAGCGAUGGACGUCUCAAGCUGAGCAUCUUGGAAGAAGACCUGGGCAGCGGAUACAUAGCAAAGGCUCUGGGCGCUAUAAUACCGAAGCAUGGAAGAGACAACGAGGGUCAGAGCGUGCACUCCUACGAUACUGCUGGAGCCAACGCUGGCAAGAUUGCACCAGAGCAAGACGAGAUGGAGCAUGACCCUUCACGACGUCUUCGACUCAACAUUGUUAUCAUCAUCAUUGGAUCGAGAGGAGAUAUACAGCCGUUCAUUCGUAUUGGCAAGAUCUUGAAAGAGGACUAUGGACAUCGCGUUCGAAUUGCCACCCAUCCAGCGUUCAAGGACUUCGUAGAAAAAGAUUCUGGCCUCGAGUUCUUUUCUGUGGGCGGUAACCCAGCUGAGCUGAUGGCCUUCAUGGUCAAAAACCCUGGUCUCAUCCCAAAUUUGGACACAAUCAAAGGUGGCGAGAUCGGUCGACGCAGAGCACAGAUGUAUGAGAUGUUUCAGGGCAUGUGGCGCGCAUGCAUCAAUGCUACAGACGACGAGACUGAUCAUAUGAAUGCAAAGAUGAUGGGAGACAAGGCACCCUUCGUCGCCGACGCCAUCAUUGCGAACCCACCUAGUUUCGCCCCCGCACACAUCGCUGAGAAGCUAGGCAUACCGCUUCAUAUGAUGUUCACGUUCCCGUACACACCGACAACACAAUUUCCACAUCCGCUCGCGAACAUCAAGGUCAGCAACGUUGAGCCCUCGUACAGCAAUUUCAUGUCAUAUCCUCUUGUUGAGAUGAUGAUGUGGCAAGGUCUUGGAGAUCUAAUCAACCGCUUCCGAACUCAAAUACUGCAUUUGGAAGAUAUCAGUACCCUCUGGGCACCUGGCCAGCUGUAUCGACUGAAAGUGCCUUACACAUACAUGUGGUCUCCAGGAAUCAUACCAAAACCAAAGGACUGGGGCCCAGAGGUCGACAUCACUGGCUUUGUGUUCCUGGAUUUGGCAUCUAACUUCACACCUCCAGACGACCUGAAAAAGUUUUUAGACGCUGGCGACCCUCCCGUGUACAUUGGGUUCGGUUCAAUCGUUGUCGAUGACCCUGAUCGGUUCACCAAGCUGAUUUUUGAGGCGGUCGAGAUGGCUGGUGUGCGCGCUUUGGUUUCCAAAGGUUGGGGCGGCUUUGGAUCGAAUUCGGAUUGUCCAGACAACGUCUUCAUGCUGGACAACACCCCACACGAUUGGUUGUUCCCAAGAUGCAAAGCAGUUGUACAUCACGGAGGAGCUGGUACCUGCGCUAUUGGUCUCAAGUGUGCGAAGCCAACCAUGAUCGUGCCCUUCUUUGGUGACCAACCAUUCUGGGGUGCCAUGGUGAGCAAAGCGAAGGCAGGAGCACACGAGUGCAUACCUUACAAGGACCUGACUGCCGACCGAUUAGCUGAAGGCAUCAAACAAUGCCUGACAGAAGAGGCGCAAAAGAAUGUACAGAAGAUUGCAGAUGACAUUGAGGCGGAGGGAGAUGGGGCCUUGAACGCCGUGCGAUCCUUCCAUCGGAGUUUGCCGCUCCACGGCGAGGCAAGCAUGCGCUGCGACUUUCUGGAUAACCACGUGGCGACCUGGAAGAUCAAGAACACUAAUGUCAAGCUCUCAGCACUCGCGGCUGAGAUACUGGUCAACAAGAAGAAGCUCAAAUGGAACGAGCUGCGUCUGAUCCGUCACUACGAGUGGAAUGAUUUUGGCGGCCCUGGCGAGCCAGUCACCGGGCUGUGGGGGAGCAUCUACACAACUUUAACAGACGCAGCACUGGGCGUGGGCUCUGUUCCUGUUGAGAUGGGCAAGAGUUUGAAGAAGCGCGAGAGGUUGUGGGAAAAGAAAAGACAACACCAAAAGAAGAAGGAACAGAGAAAAGAAACCAUGGAGAGGGCAAACGCUGAGCUGGAGAACGAGAAGAAGAACUCUGCUGAGAAACAUGUUGCGAAGAAAGAACAACAGCAAAACGGCGAUAGACCUAAGCCAGAACGCGGAGUGUCCAGCUCAUCGAGGAUCAGUGAACCUGAACAGACACUGAACGAAGAGCUUGCACAUGAGGCGGAAUUUGGGUUCAGAAAGACCGGCCACGCACUUGCACGCUUCCCUAUGAAUGUUACUCUCGCCCUUACCCAAGGGUUCCACAACGCACCUCGGCUUUACGGAGACGAGACCGUUCGACGCCCACCACGAGUUACUGGGAUACACUCUGGUCUUCGCGCUGGUCGCGAUGAGCUAGUAUAUGGUAUUGCAGAUGGAGUCACUGGAAUCGUAACCCAGCCAAUUCGAGGGGCAAAGGAACGUGGCUUGGUGGGAGCCGUGCGAGGUGUCGGUUUUGGUAUCGGUGGCUUUGUCUUGAAAGACAUCGCAGCUUUGCUCGGCCCGUCGGCUUAUUUCAUGAAAGGCCUUGACGCCGAAUACAUGAAAAAGUACCAGCCCACUACCUUCAUUCGUAGAGCGCGCAUUGCACAAGGUCAGCAGGAAUUGCAGCAGCUCGAGCACAAGACUCGUGUCACGCAUAUCAGAGAGGCGGAGGGUAAAGACGUAGAGACCAAAGAAAACAGAGACGAAGUCGAAGAUAACGUCUCCAUUCGGUGGGCAGCGCUGAGACAAGCUAUAGCAGAAGAGAAGAAGAACAACAAGCAAGGCAUCAUUGCUUCCCUUACUGGUACCGGCGAGAAGAAAGCGGGCACCAUGGUUCCACGCAAGAGCAUCUCCGUCAAGAAGCCAACAGAUCGAAUGCCGCCGAAGUCAGCCACUGCACCAGCUGUAAAAGAUUCAAAGGGCAGGAACAGUAGAGACUAUGACCAGAUAAAAAAGGACUUUGACUCGCAGCAUAGGAGGAGUUCGACCCUCAAUCGCAGCAGCACAGAGCCUCUUUCCAGAAGAAGUUGGGAUGACAGCAGCGCCAUCAAGCCCGAGAAGCCAGAGCAGAAGGAAAGGCCGAGAAGUAUCCACGAAGAGCCCGAAUUUGAGGAGACACAUGUGCUGGGCAACGCGCAUCUAAAGCAAGACGUGGACAGUGAGGAUGAGAAGAGGCACGAUCCCGUACCGAGUGCACCGACUGCUGAGAUUGAUGCAGAGGGGCAACAGGAUUCAGAGCAGGACCCAAACCGUCUUCAAGAACCCGGCCAUGCAUCCCCUGAUUCCAGCUCGGACACCACGAAAGUUGAUUCCGAGACAGUCGACUGGGUCAAAAAAAGACUUCAAGUCGAAGACAGGGAGGGCGCAGAUGGGACCAGGGUCAUCAACGCGUGAGUCAAAGCAGCAUAAUUUCGUUUGUAUACUAGGUAGCCUAGAUGAGUAUAACAUUUGUAAUCGAGAUACCCCACAAUCACAUCUUUAAGCCUUAG